UUGGCACAACUCGACAUUUCUGGAGUGGAACAUUACGUUUAGGGCUCGUGUGACGUUUUGUGCUGCAUAGUGAAAUUUUUAAUGUUUUCUCUAAUUCAUAAUUGUUGGAAAUCAUACAUUUAUCGUGUAGAGGUAAUUCUAAAUAUUGCAAUACUCCGAAUAUGGCGGCAUAAAUUUUGUUCUGUGGAAAACUGUUUACCAAAAACCCUAACCUAUAUUGUGACAAUUUUUAAAUAGAAUUUCAAUGGAGCCGCCAACAAAAAAACGUAAAAAAAGUGAAUGGCUCACAGCUGGAACGAAAUCAAAUAUCCUAAAAGCAAUUCAUGCAGGAGAUAGCGUUAAAAACAUAGCCGAAAAAUACAAUGUACAUGCUUCUACAGUUCGCAAGUGGCGUAAGAAUGAAGAGGACAUUGCCGAAAAAAAAACGAAAAAUCCAAACAAAAAACAGUUUAAACAAAACCCUAAUGAAAGGUUAAAUGAAGCCCUACAUAUAUGGCUUUUAGAAAGGCGAAAAGCUGGAUUUUCUGUCUCUGGCCCUCAAUUGAAAGAAAAAGCCCGGGAAUUAGCAAAGAUCGUGGGAUCAACAGAAAAUUUUGUUGCGAGCGAUGGAUGGCUCACCUAUUGGAAGAAAACUUAUGGGAUUCGUCACCUAGCAGUUACUGGCGAAAAAUUAUCGGAUGAUUUAAUUGAGAUUGAAGAAUUCCAAGACACUAAAGGUUUUUAUACUAUAUUAACAGUUGAAACACAUCAGACGGAGAAUUCUUCCGAAAAUGAUGUGGAUUCGAAAGAGGAUGUUGCUAAAGUUUUAAAACAAGACGCUUUUAAAGGACUGAUGGAUGUUAUGAAUUACUGUAAGGAACAAAAAAGUACGGAAGCAUUAGCAUUGCUGGAAACGGUGAAAAAAAAAUUAUUUGAUCGAAUUCAAUUUUUAUUGUGUAAGAAAAUGGCUGUUGUGUAAAAAUUUAAUAUAUAUUUAUGUACUGCUGCUAAUAUUUGGU